AACAGUUCUAAAAUUACGUUUAAAAAUGUAGAUUCUUAGAUCAAAUAAACAACGUUGUCAAAAGUUACUUUUAGGACAGUACUUCUGGUUUUUAUCAUUAAUGCCAUCCAUUUAAGUUUAUGCAGAAAAGACUAGGAAAAUCAGUCAUGUCAAUACAAAGUGCACAUGUGGUUAAACAGGAAUCAAAUGACCAAGCAAUACAAUUUAUGGAUUUAAAAUCAGAUGUAACAUUGGGAAUUUCAACUUUAGAAGAUGUGAAACCAAAUUCAACAUUGAUUUCAACUUCAAAUGUUAUCAAACAAAAUAUAUCAUCACAAUCUUCACCUUUUGAAGACAAGUCAAAAGAAACAGUUGCAUUUUCAACGUCAGAAAAUCAACAAUCAGAUGAAACAUUUUCAUAUUCUAAAGAUAUGAAACAAAAUGUUUCAACAGAACUUUUAAGGUGUGAUGUUAUGAAAAAGGACAUCUUAACAUUUUCAUCAUUUAAGGGUGAAAACGAAAAUAGCUUAGAUGUUAAAAGACAGCUUGAAUUUUUACCGGAUUCUGAUGCUUUUAUUGAAAAUUUUACAAUUUUAAAAUCAGAUCUUCAUCAUGAUUUAAAAGAACUCAAGGAAUUGCAUAAAGAAGUUAUUGAUAAUUUUCCAACAAUGUAUGAGCUCAGUGAUAAGGGACUGAAGACAUAUAAGUGUGAUAUGUGUUGUCAAAGAUUUACUCAUUUAGAUCAUAUUACACAACAUAUGAAAACUCACACAGGAAAGAAUUCAAAUGGGUAUGAUUUUUAUCAGCAACAAGGUGCUAUGAACAGUCAUGUAAAACAGCUUAAGAAAAUAAACAAGAAGUUUUCUCUGCAUAAAUUACAUCCUGAAGACAGAUGCAAUGAAUGUGAUGUGUGUCAUAAAAAGUUUGCUCAUAAAUCUAGUUUAUAUACACACAAAAUUAUUCACUUGGGACAUAAGCCAUAUGAAUGUGAUGUGUGUCAUAAAAAGUUUGCUUAUAAAAAUAGUUUAAUUAUGCACAAAAAUAUUCAUGCUGGAAUUAAACCAUAUGAAUGUAAUGUGUGUCAUAAAAAAUUUGCUCAUAAGUCUAAUUUAAAAGUACACAAAGUCAUUCACUCUGGACUUAGGCCAUAUGAAUGUGUUGUGUGUCAUAAAAAGUUUGUCAGGCAGUCUGGUUUAUCUAAUCACAAAAUUAUUCACUCUGGACUAAAGCCACAUGAAUGUGAUGUGUGCCAUAAAAUGUUUGCUCAGAGGUACCAGUUAGCUCAACAUCAAAAGACUCAUUCUGGGCUUAGGCCAUAUGAAUGUGAUGUGUGUCAUAAAAACUUUGCUCAGAAGAAUAGUUUAAUUAUGCACAAAAAUAUUCAUGCUGGAAUUAAGUCACAUGAAUGUAAUGUGUGUCAUAAAAAGUUUAGUCAGAAAGGUCGUUUAGAAGUACAUAAAAAUAUACAUUUAGGACACAGACCAUACGAAUGUGAUUUAUGUCAUAGAAAAUUUACUGAAAAGGCAAGUUUAUCUAUGCAUAUUAAAAAUCAUGUUGGACUUCAGCUUCAUAAAUGUGGUUUGUGCCAUAAAGCAUUUUUAAAAAAAAUUCAAUUAUCUCAACAUAAGAAUACGCAUUUACAAUUAAGACCUUAUGAAUGUGAUGUGUGUCAUAAAAAAUUUGCUAGUAAGUAUGGUUUACAUCGACAUCAAAAGUCUCAUUCUGGGCUCAGGCCACAUGAAUGUGAUGUUUGUCAUAAAAAGUAUACUAGGAAAGAUGAAUUAUUGAAGCAUAAAAAGACUCAUUCAUGGGGUCCACAUGAAUGUGAUGUUUGUCAUAAAAACUUUACUAGGAAAGAUGAAUUUUUGAAGCAUAAAAAGACUCAUUCAGACGGUCCACAUGAAUGUGAUGUGUGUCAUAAAAUGUUUUCUUGGAAAUUUUCUCUAUCUCGUCAUCAGAAGUCUCAUUCAGGAAAUUAGCCACCUGCAUUUGAUGUUGGUCAUAAAAUUCUUGUUCACAAGGAUCACUAAUCUUUACAUAAAAUGAUAAAUUUGGCACUUAAGUAUUUAAAUUUUGAGGAUUAUUGUUGUAACCAUUUGAAACAUCAGCCUGUAAUUCAUUUGUAUAAUGUCACUAAGAAUGAAGUUAAUGUUAGGUUGAACAAUUAAUUUUAUUAAAUUUUGCAACAAUAAUUUAUAAAUAUUCACACAAGAGAAAGAACACUUCAAAGUAAGAAUGGAUGUCAUUAAUCAUCACAGCACAUACAAUAAGAUUACCUUGUAUAUUUAUAUAUAUAUAUAUACAUAUAUGUAUAUGUAACAUAUGAAAUGAUGUUGUCUUCUACACCAUGUUAGGUUCGAUGACGUUUUUGUUGCAAAAUGGAUCUUGUACAAUGCAGAUUCAGACAUUCUUGUUAUGGACAUAAAUGUUUAUAUAAUAUUCGUUUAAUUUUUUUCAUAGAACCGUUGUUUCUCACUUAGAAUUUUAUGUAUUCCGUAUAUCAGUAGGUUAUCAUAAUAUUGGACAUAUCUUCAGCAAUCUGAUUCAUAUCAUGUUCAAUAUACAGGUUACUAGUGGUGUAACACACCUUUUAACUUUCUCGUAUAUACAAAGUAUAGAGAAAGUCUUGUCUUGUAAUCGUGCAAAGAAAAAAUA